AAUCUGAAAGAUUCCGACUGAGUUACAAUAAAGUUUGAUUAAAAUCUGACAUCGUUACAUGCGUGGACAUGCUAACACGUUUGCUAAUAAAAUGUGAUGCAGGACGGUCCUCGUGUGAAGGGUAACGCUGGCUGUGGUCCCCACAAAGCCAGAUAAACACACACACAGACCAGCUCUCAGAUAAAAUCUCUCCACCAACCGAGAGCUGCAGCACGUCAGAAGCCCCGCCCCCUCAGAGUAUAUCAGGAGCAGGACCAACAGCCGGUUGAUCUACUGCAACAACACAAGAAGAAAGUCCUGAUGGUGGUGGAGGAGAAAAGCCGAGUGGAGGCGAUGGAGGGAAACCAGCAGAGGGGGGAAGUAAACAUCCUGCUGAUGGGAGCACACAAUGUUGGCAAGACUGCUCUGACCGUCCGAUUCCUCACCAGAAGAUUCAUCGGAGAGUACGGAGACAUGGAGUCGGUGUACAGUCGGAUGGAGAGAAUUCAUGGUCAGGAAAUCUGCAUCAACAUCUGGGACUCUCAGGUAGAGGAGAAAGGCUGCUGGGUCAGCGAGAAGCAGCUGCAGUGGGCGGACGGCAUGAUCCUGGUCUAUGACAUUUGCGACCGCGGCAGCUUUGAGGCAGUGCGGCAGCAGCUGCAGCUCAUCCGGCGCAGCAGGAAACCGGCGUCCUGCCCGGUGGUCAUCGUGGCGAACAAGCGGGACCUGCAGCAUCGCCGUAGGGUCUCCGGCGAGGAGGGCCGGUUGUUGGCUCUGACGCAGUGCUGCUGCUUCUUCGAAGUGUCGGCAGCAGAGACGUACCACGGCGUCCUGCUGGUGUUCCACCGGAUGGUGGACCUGGUGAGGGAGACUCGGGCGCUCAGGAAGAGCUCGGCCGGCGUCAGGGGAAUCGUCAGGAGCAUGUCUGCGGUGUUCGGGAAGAAGCGAGCGGAAUGAGUCUGACAGCAUUUUACUGACUCUGUUUGAGACUUUUUGAGAUGAUCUGAGGAUGAGAAGGACUAGAGAAGGUUGAAGACGGUAGUUUCUUUGGUUUAAAGGUCGGGAAAGUUGGUAAAGGUUGUACAAGUGCUUCAGAUUGGAGCAAGAAACGGCAAGAGAAAACUGACGGAGUUCAGGACAACUUCCCAGGUGGAACCAGCAGGUCUGAAUCCACAGCUUCGAACGUCCACCAGAGGAAAUGAUGAGCAGAAACCGAACGACUGUCCUCCAGGUUUCAACGCUCAGCGGUCUUUAUUUCCAUGACUGUUUUCUUGGUGUGUUUUUGCCUUUUUUGCUAAGUGAGAUGUAGAAUUUAUUAGUUCCUUAUUUCAAAAUCUUUAGUUCAGUCUAAUGUUAACAUUUGAACUUUUAGACCAUAAACACUUAAACAUAAAGAAGCCAUGUGCUCUGGGAUAAAGCUGCUGUUUGUGUUGUUUAUGUGAGAUUCAUGUUGUACAUGUUUGUCAAAUACAUGCAAAAAUGUUUAUCAAUAAAACUAAAAAAAUGAUACUAGCAGUGAAAGCUUUAAUUAAUUUUUAUUUCAUUUUCAAUGAUAAAAUAUUUUCUUUGUCCAGAAGUAAAAUCUGUUAACAAAUAUUCAUCAAAGUUGAUCAAAUAACUUUCAUAUCAUCACUUCCUGUUGACUUUCAUAAUAAAGUUCAUCAUCCAAACAUCUUCAAACCACAA